AUGGCUGGAUACAACCUUGCAGAGCUGCACGAAGCCUUAAUAACCCCUACAAACCCUAUCACAAAACGAAUGCGAGCAGUAUUUUACCUCCGCACAAUCGCAACUCCUGAAGUUGUCCCCAUUUUAGUUGAAGGAUUUUCUACUGAUUCCCAGCUUCUUCAGCAUGAAAUUUGUUACGUUCUAGGCCAAAUCCACCUUCCAGAAUCUGAAGCAUUCUUAAUAAGUGCCUUACAAAACGAAACUUUAGAAGUAAUCUCUCGCCACGAAGCUGCAGAAGCACUAGGCGCAAUAGGAAAUCUUCGUUUUCUUCCUAUAUUACAAGCUUACUCAGCCUCCCCAAUCAGAGAACUUGCAGAAACUUGCCAGCUUGCAAUUGACCGUAUUAAUUGGCUCCAAAAUCCUGAAGAGUAACUAUUAUGCAGAAUUCCUCCAUCCCCUAUAAUACUUUCUAUAGACCCAGCCCCUAAAUUUGCAGCCCAGCUUACAAUUCCUCAGUUAAAAGAAAUUUAUCACGACACAACCCAAUCACUGUUCAAUAGGUAUAGAGCUCUAUUUUCUUUAAGAGAUAUAGGAACUGACGAAGCAGUUUUAGCAAUUUGUGAAGGAUUUGGAAAUCAGAAUUUCUCUGCACUUUUUCAGCAUGAAAUUGCCUUUGUGCUUGGGCAAAUGCAGGAAAAAGCAGCUGCAGGAAUUCCUUAUUUAAUUCAAGCAUUAGAAGACACAAGUAACCAUUAUAUUACGAGACAUGAAGCUGCUGAAGCUAUUGGAUCAAUCACAGAUUCUCCUGAAGCGCUGGGAAUAUUGUAAGAAAUAUGUAGAGAAAAAUAUAAAAAUGACCCAGCAGAGCCUGUCAGGUCCAGCUGCUUUAUUGCUUUGGAUAUCUCUGAGUAUUGGUUUAAAAAUGAAUAA